UGUCUAUCCAUAGAAGUCCAAGUUUUGAACCUUGUACAUAGGAUACCUGCAAAGAAAUACUAAACUAUGCAGCAGCAGCAGAUUUCAGAGACAAACAUGGACAAUCCUUCUGCUCCAUCCAAGCAAUUAUCUGAAUCAAGAAGUACCAAAGAACUGGUGACUAAUGGAGAGGAACCACCAGAGAGGUAUUUCUACAAAAACUGUGAUGAAGGGUUCUUGGACCCUUCUCUUCCAGCGAUGGAGAUACCUGUUAUUGAUCUUGGCUUACUGAAAUCCCCAGAAGAGCUCGAAAAACUUCGAUCCGCUCUUAUAUCCUUUGGCUGCAUCGAGGCAAUCAAUCAUGGAAUGACGAGUACAUUCCUAGAUGAAGUGAGAGAAGUUGUCAAACAAUUCUUUCAACUUCCUGAGGCGGAAAAGCAGAAAUAUGCCAGAGAAGUAAAUAGCAUUGAAGGGUAUGGGAAUGAUAUGAUUCUUUUAGACAGUCAGAUACUGGAUUGGAAUGAUCGAUUGUACCUCAAAAUAAGCCCGGAAGAUCAGCGACAGCUCAGAUUUUGGCCCCAAAACCCUGAAUCCUUGAGAGACAUCCUACAUGAAUAUACUCUGAAGUUAAAAAUGAUAAAUGAAGUGGUACUCAAGGCCAUGGCAAGAUCAUUAAACUUGGAGGACAAUAGCUUCUUGAGCCAGUUCGGAGAAGAAGCAAACAUGUUUGCCAGAUUUAAUUUCUAUCCUCCGUGUCCAAAGCCUGAUGUAGUUCUCGGCCUCAAACCGCACGCAGAUGGUUCUGGAAUCACCAUGGUCUUGCAAGACAAAGAAGUGGAAGGACUUCAGUUCCUAAAAGACAGUAAAUGGUUUAGAGCUCCUAUUGUUCCUGAAGCCCUUCUCAUCAACAUUGGUGAUCAAGUAGAGAUAAUGAGUAAUGGAUUCUUCAAGAGCCCAAUGCACAGGGCAGUAAUAAGCAAAGAAAAACAGAGGAUUUCUCUGGCUGUAUUCUCUGCUCCGGGACCUGAUCAGGAGAUUGAACCACUUGAUGAACUGGUCAGCCAGACGAGGCCGAAAUCAUACAAGAAGCUGAAAGAUUACCCAGCAAUCUACUUCCACUACUAUCAACAAGGUAAGAGAUCAAAGAAAAUAGGGAGAAGAAGAUAGCAUGGAGAAGAAGAAGAAGAAGAAGAGAGAGAGAAUAAACAACUGAACAUAUAUUUCAAUUGUCGUAGUUACAAAGUGUAACCACAGCUCAAAUAUAUACCUUUUACAAAUGUAUCUAACGGAUAUAAAACGUUCACAUGAUGUGACAAUUACAAUACAAAUAUUUGAAUCUUUGUGUGUAUUAUAAUACACACUUAAUAGAAUGUCUAACAUUGAAAGCCCA